UAUCUAUUUUUCGCGACGUCCAUCUUUAAUAUUUGAUGUGUUGUUUUGUUAGAGAAAAUUAUCGUAAAAAUAAUGUUCAAACACUAAAGAGCACAGGUUAUUGACAUUGUUACAUUAAUUACGUAUGCCGUAAAUUAUUUUAACAACCUGCGCAACUUAACAAAGCUGAGCAAUUGAUAUUUUAUUAAAAGUGUCACAAUUUCGUUAUCGUUUGUUCCAGUAAAAAGUUUCACUCGUAAAUCGCUGCUAUUGACCUAAGUGCUAAUUGGCCAACCUUCAAAUGAUUUCUUUAGCUUUCGUCUUAACACCAAAAUUAACAUAAACAGUGUGAUUAACUGUGUUCGUGAAGUUCGCUGGACCGUUUAUAUCGUUGUCAAAACAGAUGAAUUGUGAAAAUGGAUAGACUAAAUCAGUUACGUGGGGAAGCCGGGGACUCGACGCUGGACACGUCGUCUCCGCCGAGCGAGGCCUUCAUGUCCGCGAAUGAGAACUCGUCCAAGUACUUCUCGCUCUCCGACGUGGACUCGACUUUCAGCGUGUCCCCCUCGAAGGACGCGCCGCCGGGCUCCGCCGACGCUGAGCGCACGAUCCCCGAGGAAACUGGUAUCGUUCCCAACUUGUCACCUAUCCCUAAGACAGAUAAUGAUACGUUUAAAAUUGGUAAACACAUCGAAGCUGCUAACAUUCUCUCCGGUGGUGUCAACAUUUUCGAUGACAAUGAAAACUCUUACGAUGGCGAUGAACUCGUCAUUGACGACAAUGUGGUUUUAGAGGAUGAGAAAGUCGAGUUGAAAUUGAGUGAGGGAGCUGCAGUUCCUUCUGAAAAGGAUGUCACUGAGGAUACGUUAAUGGAGGGCUCGGACGAGGCAGAGGCCAUUCAGAGCAAGGACACAGAGGUGGUACUUCAGAUUGAUGGCAAGAAUGUAGAUGCGAUAGAUAUUGGUAAUGGGUUGUACUUGUACAGAAAGUCGGGUGAGAAGGAACUCUCCGCUGUUCAGAUUAUUGAUGAUGACCAGCAGCAGCCAAGCUUCAAGUUUCUGAAAGUUCGGGAGAAUGUAGAGGGAAAUUUAGAGGUGUAUGAAGAAAUACAAAUAGAAAUCCCAAAAGAAGUGCCCCUUAAUGAUGGUGGUGGAUCAACUGAGAAAAUUACUAAUGUGCCUCUCAAGGACUUAGAAAACAAAAUCAUAAAUGAGCCUUGUGAUCAAAUUAUUGAAAAAAUAAACAAUACACCAGAUCUUAAAUCUUCUGACCAACCUGAUUCUGAACCCUUAGAAACACAAUCCGAAGUAAAUCUAAAGGGAAAAAUUAUGAAAUUAAAAGAAUCGCGAAAAUCACCAUUAACUUUCACACCGAUGACAUAUCAUUCAACACCAAAUAAAGAAGGUAUUCCACUUACGAAGACCAUGGUUGAUCAACAGUUGCAGCCAAGUAGGCAUUCAGAGAACAUAAAGAAAACGAUUGAGGUACAUACAGAGAGUAAGCCAAAAAAUCAAGAAUCCAAAAGAAAAGAAAUAAAUGAAAAUGCUAAGACACAAGAAUUUGAGACAUCUUUUAUAACAACGGAAGUAGGUAAUACCCAAAAAACCAUUGUAGAACACAGUAAGGAAGAAGAUAAGGAAAAAGGAACAGUAAAUGUAGAUGUAAAAGAAAAUGAAAAUACUGGAACCAAGCCCACAGAAAAUCUGUUAGUAAACUUAAGUAAUGAAACAAUAAGUGAUGGCAAACUUGAUGAAGGUCAGUCACAGUCAAAUAAUAAAGAUGAGACACAAUUGACAGACCCUAUUAUUGAACAAACAUACACUGAUAAAUCAAAGUUAUCUUCUAUAUCCAUAGUAAAAACAAAUACUGAGAUUGCAGUAGAAAAUAAAAUUGUAGAUGAAACUAAAAAAGAUGAUGUGGUAGAAAGCAGCAGCUCACAAAGCAAGCCAAUCAUUGACCCAAAUACAAACACCAUUGCUGAUGAAGGCGUCAAAAGCGAUAAAAUUAGCGAAAGUGCUAAAGAUGAGUUAGAUAAUAAUAUUAGCUCAAUAAAGAGAAAUAAAGAUACAAGUAAUGAAUCUGAUAAUUUAGAAAAAACAUUAGAUAAAAAUGAAAAAGGUGUUCUUAAAGUUCAUGAUCUUCAAAUUUCAAUACAUGCUAGUAAGAAUAGUAUAGAGUCUCAAAUUGAAAAUGUUGACAAUUCCGUUAAAGGUAAAGCAAAGCAAGGUGCAUUAAGUUUAAAUCUUACAAAAAGGGAUACUAUUGAAUCCCAAAACUUAUCUAAAGAUGUUUUCGAAUCUUCCAAGGUACCAAGUAAAGACACAAACAUAAAAACAAUGUUGUCUAAACAAAUUAAACAGGUUGAGGCAAGAAAAGAAAUUCCAAAAGCAAAAGUCAUAGCAAAACCAAAUACUUGUAACAGUGCAGUUCCUUUUGGUAAAUGGACUGAAGCUAACAGACAAGAAUUUUUGAAUAAAAUAAAAGAAACUAAGAUACCUUCAACCAAUUCCAACACAAACCAAAUUAAGCAGACCAAUGAUUUAAAUAGACGAGACGUGCUUAAAAAAUUUGACAGUCAAAGACAAUCGACUGCUUCUCUACCUACAAAAAAUCCUGAUUCUAGCUCUGUGCCUAAGUUUAGUAGUAAAAUGGAAACCGCGGCAUUUGUUAAUAAAUCUGCUGCCAUUCAGCAACCGAAUCUUGUUAAACAUGUGAUUGCUCCUUUGAAAACACAGGCUGCACCUGUAAAUAUUAAAACAGACAUUAAAAAAGCUACUAAAGAGGAACCGUUAAAUUCAGAAGAACAAAUAAUAAAUAGUCAAGAGUUGAUCGACAAAACUGUUGAAGGUAUUAUUACCAGAGCAUUAAAGAUGAAAACUACCACACCAAUUCACAUGAAACAACAAAUGACAAUUCAUACUGUUGAAAAUCCAAAAAAUGCAAUGCCAUUGCCUGGUUCUCUAGACUACAUUGAGAUGAAAAUGAAUGAGUUACAUGGAUUUUCGUUUACAGAAAAACCAGUUCAAGAGCUUUCUGAAAUAGCUAACCAUAAGACCAAAGCAUGUAAUAAGUUCGAAGACAAUAUUAAUAACACUAGCAAACUACCUACCCUAGUUCCAUUCAAAUCCACAGAGCAACAAAUAAAAGUAAAAGAAUCUGUGCAAGAUGAUACUUCAGAUGAGGAAAUAAUAGAGCAUGAACCUAUCACAGGCGACAUUGACGUCAGUAAACAGAAUUUAAUAUCUUUAUUAUCUUGCAAAGAAAAAUUUGUUGAACCUAAAAAGGACGCAAUAAUCACAGAAACAGAUUUCGAUAAAUUUGCCGGAAGAAAUUCAAUAACUUACGAAAACUGUUUAACUGUUAAUUUUGAUGGUAAAGAGAAACAUAACGUUGUACAAACGGUUGUGGAAAAAGAUACAUCUGUUAAGAAAUUAUCUCGAAAUGAAUUAUUGCUUGCUGAAUCGAAGGCUAAAUCUUCCAAUAAGCAAAAUAUUGCGGCUCGGCACAAUAAUCAAGCAAGCAAAAUAUCUACACUAAAAUCAACGAGCGAGGAUGACGCGUAUAAUAAAAAUUAUCAGUCUAAAGUGCAAAUAGCAUAUCAAUCUGCGCUGACAGCUAAACGCAACUUGGAAUGUCCCAUUUCGAUGAUCGAAGACAAGCCUGUGAAAGUCGUAUUUUUGGACACUAACACGGAGUACACUCCAACACAGCUUAAUGUGCAAAGUCAAGAGUUAUCGCCAUGUAAGGAUCACAAAGCUGAUACUAAAGUACACAGUGCUUCAGAGUCCUUGGAUUCAGAUAUUCCAGCGUCCACCCAAGAUCCUAAACCUAUAGAUGAAAAGUCUAAGAGCAAACAUCAAAGAAAACAGGUUCUUACACCAGUAGAACAAGAACCUGAAAUCCAGUUAAUUGAACCAUCUGACCUUGGAAUAAAAGUUUCACCCACUAAAAAACGUAAAAUAGAGGAAAAAUCUGAUAAACAUACAAAAAAUCUCGUGCCAAAAAAAUCGUACUUACUGAAUCGAGUAGACGAACAUAAGUCAAAAUCAGACCAGCCCAAAACUGAAGCUUUUACAGGUCAUAACAUGAACACAGCAUUAGACAGUUUAGUAAAAGCCGCGGAAUUGAUUGAAAAUCAAUCUGAGAGUAAUGAUACAAGUGUAGUAAGUAAGACUACCGAUACUCCUCAGAACACCCCUGUGAAAAGAGGUCGAGGUCGGCCGAGGAAAUAUCCUUUACCUGAACCAGGAUCUGAUACCAGUAAAACUCCUAGCUCGCAAAAGAAACCGCGGUUAAUCGAUGCAAAACCCGCGAAAACAUAUACCGAUACAGAUGAAAGCAGUGACGGAGAAAUCGUUAAAGAAAAUUGGACAAUGGGUAAAAUUAAUGAAAACAUUGUAUGCCCCAUUUGCAGUAAGCUGUUUAGAUCGGAAGAUGUCCUAUUUAAACACGUGAAACAUUGUACUGGCCCUUCUCCGAACCGAUCUGAUUCAGAUAAAAGAAGUCCAAGAAGACUGAGAAACUCCCAGGAGUCUGAAAGAAAACUACGUGACAGCAGCAGAUCCGAUAUAGAAGACAAUGAGGGAGAAAACGAUAACGAGGAUGAAAACAUAGAAAAUGGUGACAAGACAUCAAAACCGAGUAGCGAUAUUGAAGAUGUCAUUGUCAUUGAAGACACGCCGGCUAAACAAAACACUACUGAUGAAAAAACAAAUCACCCAGAAACGACAAAACUUGUGCGCAAAUCUAAAUAUCUACCCAAUACGAAUCUCGUCUGUGAAUUAUGUGGGAAAACCUUUAGGCAAUUGUCGUAUUUGGUUAACCACAAACUACAACACAAAAACGAAGAUAUGAAGAAGGCCAAAAAGCUUGCAAGUAACACUACAAACAAGUCAGUGUUCAGCUGUGAAGUUUGUAGAAAAGAAUUUAGAAAGUUGCACCAUUUAGUGCAACAUCGAAUUAUUCAUAAUCCAAGCUCCAUGGCUUCCAGGUCGCUCAGGAAGACUUCGUCCGAAGUACACGAAAGCAAACAUUCAAAAACUGAUGACGCUAGUGCCGGCUUCCGAUGCGAACCCUGUGACAAAUCAUUCCGAAAACUACAUCAUCUCGUCGAACAUAGAGAAACUCACGACGGCAUCAAUAAAAAAGGCAAUACGAGCACUUCGCAAGCUACGACCGAAACUUCCAAGUCAGUGCUGGCGCACCAUUGCGAUAUAUGCAAAAAGGUCUUUAAAAAAUUACAAGAUUUAUUGGAACAUAAAGAACAACAUUACGAGACUAGUUCUGAAAAGUCGGACGAUAAAAGUGUAAAAAGCUCGCUGUCAACAAAGGACAUAAUACAUGAAUGUUCCCUGUGUUACAUGGUUUUCCCCAAUGAGCAUUCCUUGACUAAGCACACAGUGAUUUGUUUAAGAAAGAAAAAGCAAUCCGCAGCAAAACAAGCUGCCAAGCAAGCCAAAAUCGAUGAAGGCGAGGAAACACCCGAUGCGGAUAACGUUGAAUCUGAAGAUGUGUCACAAGAUAUCCAAGCCAAAGAAAAUAUUCAUACAACUGAUGACUCUGAAGCGCCUAAAGAAACACCGGCCACUAAUGUGGCCGAGGAAAUGGAUCAAGGAAAACAGCAACUUAACGAUACAGCAGAUAAAGACAUUGAAGAACUACUAGAAGAUACAAAACACAACGUAGAUGUAAAGCCAAGCAAUGAUGUUAUGCCCAAGAAGAGACACAGUAAUGCAACAAGUGAGAAAACGAAGAUCGAUAAUAAUGAGACACCGACUAAAAUUAAAAAAGUAGAAGUCAAAGAGCGUGUUAAAAUCAUAGAUACGCCAACGCCUAAAAAGAAGGCGAAUAAGGACAAAGGAACCUCAACAAUCAUAAAAAAACACAAAACUGAUAAUACUCCUUUACCUGUCAUUGACAAUGUUAAUAUAAUUAAACCUAUGGAAUCUAGCGAUGAGGAUGAGAUAAGAUACAUGCUAAAUCCGAACUUCAAGGAGGAAGAAAAUAUUGAAAGCAAAAUGUUCAUGAAAAUUAGGGCCUUAAAACGCAAUUCCUUGCAAAUUGAACGACCUAACUCCAAAGAUUUGGUGAACAGGAGGAUUUCACUGCAACAUCCGCCAAAAAUGCCACGUCUGAAGGCUAAACCCGUAGAGGGCAAACCAAGACAAGAUCGAUCGAUCGAAGCGCGAGCCAAAGUUCCGGCUGAGAAGAAGUUAACCCCCGUCACCGAACUAACCACAGACUCAGAUGACAGUGAUGUCAAAUAUUCUUUCCCAGAACAAGAAACUAAACAUGUAGAGAGGAAAGUUAAAAGGCAGUCACCAGCCGCCAAACGAAAAACACUCGUCGGCAUUGCGAAGAGGAAAUCUCUCGGGAAAUUAGUCAUGCCUAAAGCAAAACCAAAAAAACGCACAUCAGAAGUGGAGCACAGAUGCGACUGUGGGAAGCUGUUCAGCAGCGCGGCACUGCUGUCCCGCCACACCACACUCGACCACACGCCGCCCAGGAUACGGCGCCGCCGCUCGCCCCCGCCCGAAGCCCGCGCCAAGCACGCCGGCACCAAGCAUACCAGCACCAAACACACUGGCACCAAACCCACCAGCACCAAACCCACUAACACUAAACCAAUCAACAAGAAACCCAAACCAGAUGUUACCAACUCAAAUAAAACCUUAGGCGUAGCAACCAGAAAAUCUAGUGUAAGCAAUGAAAUGAAACAAUCUGAUACCGGUAAGUCAGUCAAGAGUGAUAGUUUUAAGUCUUUGAGAAGUGCUAAAUCUGUGCCCGUGAUGAAAAAACUUGAAAAGAAAAAGUAACUUUAUUAUUAUAUCGGUUUUAAUGAAGGACUGAGUAGGAUGCCUCGUAAUACAGUUUAAACUCUAAGAGUUUACAGUGAAAAUGUCCCAGGGUCUGUGUAAAAUAUUUUCAAAAAUUUAUUGACUAAAGAAAAAGUAGACUUAGCGAUUGUGAACAAACGUAAGUGAAGCCGGUUGCGCGUGGCAAUACACAUAUAGUUUUGCAUUGUGCGAACAUUCAAAUGGUAAAUAUGCUAAACACCAAACUUGUGACUAUUUAUAUUGUUUGUGAUCAUCUCAAAUGCUAUUGGUCAAAAUCAGAAAUAGUGCGAUGGUCUCAGUCAUUAUUGAUAUGAUUGAGUCAAAAGAUUGCAAUUAUAAUAUUGAUUGUAUGUAGGUUUGGUGCUAUGAGUGAUGCGUGGGUAACUACAAUUUGUUAUUCAAUUAUUUAACACAGACGCUGGUUGGUCAUUACACUCAUAGUAUCUGAAAAUGCUAAAGCUAGGCUAUAGAGGACGCUAGUAUGUAGAUAAAAUCACGCAUCACGAAGCGCUCACAAAAUGUAACAGACGGACCACUGUUCAUAGAUAAUAUAUAUUUUUCCUAUUUCGGCGUGUUAAGAGUCAAAUAUGUCACAUCAAAAUGACAAAAUAUUUUUAUCGCGGUUUCGGGCGUUGGUCUUGUCUAUAAUAAUAAAAACUAAAUAAGAAUAUUAUGUAAAUUACUUAUUGAACUUAAAAAUUUAUAUUAUAAUGGUGCCAAUUUGGUUAUACACAACUUAGAAACUAACCUGACAGAACUUCUAAAUCAUGCUCUCCUUUUUUCAUGAAAUAUAAGAUAGCUUGUUUUUGUCAGUUUAAUAUUAUUUUGAGCUUUGUGUAUAGUCAAAUUAACACCAAUAUAGGUUUAUAUUUUGUCAAUUUGUUCUAGAUAUUAGAUAUAAUAUUAUUAUUGAUGUAAAAGAGUAAUUAUUUAUAUAUUUUUUAUUAAUUUUAGGGAUUUAAUUUCAUUUUUACGUCUAAUCAAUCAAUCAUCGACGCAGCACAGUGCAAUUUCAGUAAAACUGUUUCUAUCAAACACUGCUUCUUUUUAUAUGACAACCAUUCAUAUUAAUAUACUUAAUAAUACAUAUAUAAACUACGAAAUAUGUAUGUUUUUUUUUAUAAAUUAGAGCUUGUAAGUUGCAAAUAUUAUAGAUAUAUUUUAUGUGUUAUUCAGAAAAAAAUCGAUAAAGUCCUUGCCAACAAACAACAUGCUCAUAAAAUUGAAGCCAGUUUGUAAUAUGGCGUAGUAGCACCUUUUAAGCUUUUAGAUUUGACGGUAAUUGACUUUCCGGUAUUAAGUUUUUUUUAAAUCUACAGAUAAAUAAAUUAUGAAAUAUAUGACAAUUUAACUUGUGUGUGACAUUGAUAACUUUUAUGCUACAUAACUUUCAUUUAUAAGGCUGACCACAGUAAGGUGACAAAAUAU